CGGAAACUCCCUCUCAGUAAACGACUGAAUCUCGAGCAAAGCGCGCGCUCAGAUUCACUUUUGCCUUUUGUUGUCAGUAUAUAUACUAUUGGUUUCAAAUAGUUUGAAACAAGUUUGAAGAAACUUUUUCUUUCUUUCCUUUUUUCUGAUCAAUUUUGAGUUAAUUGUAAUUCAAAAGAAAAAAUUUUUUUUUCACUGGCAAUGCACGUGAUAAAAUAACCGACCGUGAUCUUUCUCCAGAAAUAUACACGCUUUAUAGUAUCUCUCUCUCUCUUCUUCCUCGUGUCUGUGUGUAUAUAGUUUUGACGAGAUUGUGAACUCCAAAAUUUUCAGCCUAAAAUAACGAACCGUGUUAUAUCUAUAUUUGUCUAAUAGAUUUGAGUUAACAAUUUUAUUUCUUUAAAAUUUUUUUUUUAAUUUCGUUAGGGAAAACCAGAGAGAAAAUGCAUUCGUUUGAACUUUUUAGCAGAGGUCAGUUAGGCAACUUAAAGACAAAUAUUUCGAUAUAUUUAAAAAUAGCCUGCGAUUAUAUUCUAUGAUAUACUAAAGUGGCCUAAAUGCAAAUAUCAGUUUGGCAUUUGAAUAAAAACAUCUGUAUUGGCUUUAGAUUAUCGAACAUGGUUGAAAUUCCUGAAAUAAUCAAAUUUAGAAAUAAAGAUCCCUGAAGAGCACUUGAUGGACGUUGAGGAGAAAUAAUCAUGAAAAGUUUGUUUCUUUAAAAAGAAAAAGUAAAAGAAAAGAAACGUGGAAUAUUUUUUCUAUAUAUAAAAAAAAAACAAUAUAAAUUUGAUGAAGAGAAAGUUUAUAAAUGGGCUGCAGAUCAAUCGAUUAUUUUUGGACGAGAGUCUUCAGAAAUUUAUUGUUGAUUCGCGCCGAUUUUUCGGCGCGAGAGAAAAUAAUAGAUACACGUAGAUUAGAUGCCAUUUGAAAUAAGCUGCUUAAGAGGAAACAAUAUUUAUAAAAAAAAAAAGCAAAAUAUUUGUUUAUAGCUCACAAGUGUCUCUCCCAUUAGUCCUUGAAUCUCAAAUAGAGGGAUUAAAUAAUAUUGAUCGACAUAUAUGUAUAGAAAAUAGCUGCCAUAUCCGUAAAAACUUGUCGAAUUAAGGGGAGAAAAAAAAAUAUUUUAUCACAGUGAUAAAAAAAAAAAUUCACAAUUUAUCGUAUACAAAAUGGCGAGUCGAAUGAAAGCACUCUACAACCAAGUGGUAUUUGAGAGACGAGUUCUAUUGGCUUGUACUAUUCUUGUUGGACUUUCAAUUUGCAUUUGGGCAGUGGCAAUUGGAACUGAUCAUUGGUUUUCAGUAGAAGCACCCGAUGAUCAAGGACUUCCAAUGAAAGACAGAGGACUUCCAAAUAGGCGACUCUUAAAAAAAAAUGUUGGCCUUUGGAGAACUUGUAUUAAAUACAAAAUUCUCUUCAAUAAUACUCUUGUCGAAUGGCAUACUAAAAGGGAGUGCAAGCAUCAAGAAAUGUUUCCAACUGAACGAGAAAUAAGAAGAGAUCCAGGUCUGAAUAUCACGGUACUAAAUUAUUCGAGGACGGAAGUUUCAUUUGCUGUGAUCAGUAUGUUUAUUAUGAUAAUGGGUUUCGGAUUUUCCAUCUACACCUUCCGUAAUCCACGCUACAUGUUCAAGCGAUUAGCUGGCGGAAUCCAUUUUAUUACAGGUGCCUGUGUCAUGGUGGUUAUACAAGUGCUUCUCUCGUCAAUUGAGUUUCAGAAACAUUUCAUGCCAGAAAUUCAUCCCCACGGUUCAACCACAUCAUAUGAUUUCUCUUUGAUUUUAGCGUGGCUUGUUUUUAUAAUUAAUUUACUGUCGGGUUGUGCUUUUAUGCUCUUUUCUAAAAAACGAAAAAGAGAUAAAGCGCCUACUGAAGAAAUAGCAAUGGCUGACGAACCAACUAUCAUAGGACGAUAAAAUAAUAAUAAUAAUAAUAAUUAUGUUCUUAACAUAUAUUAUAUGCAUAUUUAAAAAAUUUAACUAUCUCUCAGCGAAAAGGAAAAAAGACCAAAUGGACCAGAAAAAGCUUGAUUUAAAAAAAAAAUUAAGCCUGGGUUUUUCAAAAUACUCACUUUCGUCUUCGAAAAAUAAGUAAAGUUGUUGGAUUUUUAUUUUUUAAUAUGACAAUAUUUUGUCAAAUAUAUAUUUAUGAUAAAUGUAUUUUACUUCCUCAUAGAGGAAAUAUUUUAUCAUAAAAUAAGUAUUUCGAGAAAAAGAAAAUUUAUCCUAAAUCUAUUUUUCCAUGAAAUUAACUCGAAAAUUCACUAAGAAUAUAUUUAUAUUAGAGUAAAAUUCAUAAAAAAAAUAUUUUACAAUAAAAUUAAUUUGAAAAUUCUUUUUAUUAGUUUUCGAAUUUUUAAAAAUAAAGAAAUUGUAACUGCCAUUAGUUUUUUUUUCUCUCUAAACAAAAACCAACAACUUUGCUCGUAGAACUAAAAAAAAAAAAUGACACAGCUACCUUUUUCUUCUGCGAGAAAAAAGUGCCACGAAAAUAUCUUUUUAGAAGCAUAUUCUUCUUCUAGAUUGUAAGAUGAUAGAUAUACUUUUUAUCAAUCUCGAAAAUAUUUCUCUUAUCCCUUAUACAUAAAACAUGAUGAUAUAUUAUCUAUUUUAAUGUAUCUAUCUCUAUCUCUCUCUUUCUCUUAAAAAUUUUGCGACGUAUAUUUCUAGUCAUCACUAGUCCCUUCCAGUCAUCGUUUUUUCGGAUUGUUAUAAACGAUAAGAAAAUAUUUCCUAGUCAUUCACUUCCGAAAAAAAAUUCAUACAAAUUGUGAUUCUUAAUAAGCCUUCGCAAAAGAAAAAAAAUUAUUAGACGUUAUUCAAAUAUUACGAUUAUUACUAAGCUGAAGUAAAUAUUUUUUACCUCACAUGUUAUUUAGCAAUUUGCAAAAAAAUAUUCUCGCAAAUUUCACAUUAUCACAGGUUGUUCAAAUUUUAUUAUCUAAAAAAAAAUUAAAUUCAGUAAAUAAAAUUUUUUCUAUUUUUUUUUUAUUUUUAAUAUUGAAUUUUUAAACAAAAAUUUUAUUUUUCAUUGCACAUUUGCAAUUUUAUUUUAAACAACUUCGCUUUAAAUUUAAAGCGGCAAGUGUUGAAAAUGUUUAAAUCAUUUUGAUAUUCAUUUAUCAAUUUGUGCUGUUAACUAUUUUUACGACUCUGAUGAAAAAAAAAGAAUUAUAAGAAACUAUAAAUGAAUUAUUUAUAAUAACUUGAUAAUUCACAUAAAUUAUUUCAUGAAAUACUUUGUAAGAAUUUC